AUGGAAGGGAUGCACAGCCAGGCGAAUGGCCCUGGCAGAACAGCCUGCGAUACAACAAUCAGCAUACAUGUGGUGGAACAUAUAUUGGGGCAAAAUGGGUUCUCACUGCGUACCACUGCAUUGAAUCUACUGGGUCUUUCUAUGUCUGAUUUGGAGUGACUAUGGAAGAGGUAUUAGAAAACUACUCUCAGGAAAUCUACGUGUCACGCAUACAUCGUCAUCCUGACUUUGUCACCGGAGAUAGUGGUUACACAAAAGGAUCGGAUCUCGCACUAUUGGAGAUGGCAUACGAACCAAUGACAGACAACUAUACACGGCCUGUCUGCUUGGGGAAUGCAAACAGCUACAAGGACAUCAUUGACAAAGGCAAAAAGGCGGAAUGUUACAUCACUGGAUUUGGGAUGCAAGAGACGGAAUUCUUCCAAGUCCAAUACAAUCGGCAUCUGAAGGCAUCAAAAGUCCAUGUUGUAGAUCCUCAACUUUGCAACAAUUUGAUGUAUUACCAGCUGGAUGCAUCAUAUGUUGCUAACGACGCAAUGUGUUUGGAGAACCGGGAACCUUAUGCCCCAUCAAACCGUGGUGACAGUGGUGGUCCAAUGGUUUGCAAAGACGAACAUGGCCGUUUCAAACUGUUUGGUGUGACCAGCUGGGGAAUGUCAGGCGCUGAUAAGAAUGCCCCUACCAUCUAUGUGAACAUCAUCUACUACCAAGAGUGGAUCGAAUCCAUCACUGGCAUACCGCUGACAUAGAAGUUAUCAAGAAAACCGAAAAUAAGUUACACUACUCUAAAAGAGUGUUAGUUAAAAAGACUGAUUUAUUUAGUAAUCAUCGUUUUUCUUUGGACAUGCGUAAUUGUUUAUACCAACUGGUGGUACACGUAUAGUACUGAUAUUUUUGCAACUUUGUUAUACUUUUAUGAAUGUUAUAGUGAUGAAACAAUAGAACAGUUGUUUGCAGUAUGUGUAUAUGUGUUGUAUUUGCAAUAUAUUAAUCAGCUCUACUGGGGAGAAACAUGUACUUUGACCUACUUCAGUGCCAUUAAUUAUUUGUAUUGUUUUUAUCAGAUUCACAUAAUCAGUCAUAUGUUUUUUAUUGUUGAGAAUGUUUAGCUGAUCUUAGCAUGAAGUGCUAAAGAAGAGCUUUUGUGAUUCACCUAUGUCCGGCUUCGUGCGGUGUGUGGUGUGCGUUGUCCAUUGAGCGUCAUUAACUUUUAGCUCUUUACCAGUCUACAGGCCACAUUUAUCACGAAAUUUGUUGGUCGACUUCGAAUCUUUGUCACAUGGUCAAAUCUAAGAAAACAAUUGUCAUUUCUCUAGAAGCCACACUUAUGACUCAGCCUUGAUGAAAUUUGGUGGGAAUAUCUUGACAAUAUAUUUUGAAAGCUUGAAUUUAGGUCAAGUUCGUCCAAAAACAAGUUAACCAGGUCAAAUCUUAGAUAAACCGUGUUACUGCUCUAGAGGCCACAAUUAGCACUCAAUCUUCAUGAAACUUGUUCAGAAUGUUUCUCUGUGAUAUAUCUAUUAAAAUUUUGAAUCUUUUGUUCGUCGAAAAACAAGAUCAACAUACAAAAUCUGAGAAAAAAUCUGUUUACCAAUUAAGGGGCCACAUUUGACUCAUUCUCGAUGAAACUUUGUCAGAAUAUUUAUCACGACAUUAUCUAGCCCAUGUUCACCAGAUCGAUUCUUUGAAAACAUGUUUUUUCACUCCGAAAGCAACAUUUAUGACUUAAUCUGGAUUUUUGUCUUGACAAUAUCUAUGCCAGGUUUGUAAUCUGAAUCACAUCUGUGUUUAAACUAGGUAACCGAAUCAUAUCUUCGAACAACCUUGCAACUCCAAAGGCCGAAUGUAUGACUCAGACUUGAAGAAACUUGGUCAGAAUGCUUAUCUAAACAAUGUCUACGUUCAGUUUGAAUCUGGGCCACAUGCGUCAUAUUGUAUUAUUGUAUUUCUUUUUGACCUUGUGGUCAAGGAUAACCCAUGAAAGUGCUAGCACUUAUUUCCAAUAGGGUCCUUUGGUUUUUGCUGAAGAAACAACAAGCAGAAGAGACAGUAUUGAGACACAAGGAAUCCGGGUGCGAUACCCUAGCUCUUUGCGAAUAGAUCCCUUGGUUCUUUUACGUGCUCAGUGUAUAGCACCGCUACACGCGAGAAUUACCUGGGUUUCAUAUCAGUACAUCUCUAGUAGGGUAGAAAACACUGGAAGCAUUUCUGAAAUUUCCAGUGCCCCGGCCAGGAAUUGAACCAGGGACCUCUGGAAUGGUAGACCAGUGUGUUACCACUAGACCACCGCAUAACCCUGCGUUCAAAAACUAGGUAAACAGGUCAAAUUUUAGAACAACUUUGUCUACACUUGAGAGACUGCAUUUAAGACUCGGGCUCGAUGAAACAUCUUCAGAAUGUUUAUCUGGACCAAAUUACGUGUAAUGCCAUGUUUAAACCUGGGUACAAUGGUGUCAAAACUAGAUCACCAUGUCUUGAACAAUUUGUGUGAAGUGAACUCAGGCGAGCGAUUGAGGGCUUGGUUUCAUGUUUCUGAUACCUGGUAUAUAUUAAAUAUUUAGCACAUUAUUCUCAUAAAUAAAUUCAUGAACUUAU